CUCAGUAUAAAAGUUCACAUUUUCUAGACGAUUGGAAACGUAAAUGCAAACGCAAACAAAUAGGUACAUAUACUAUGUACCUACGAAGGUAUUAUAUUUGUAAGUAGGAAAUCCAAUUAUUAUUAUUUUUGAAGUUGAUAAAACGAUUUAUUCGAGACGAAUAGAGGUAUGCUGGUCGAACAUAUUAAUAUUACCAUGUUAUUAUUUAUUUAUAAAAUCAACAAUAUGAAUAUACAAUACGCAAACUAUAGUUAAAUUACGCAACCGCUGUGAUAGUGCCUAACACCGAAACAGUUGAUGUGAACGGACGGACAAACUGACGAAUAAUUUACGACGGACAUAAUUCUAUUAUAACCACACGUCUCCUAUCAAUUAAAAUGUGUGCGCCUUGCGAAGACUGGAGGACUGGAACAGUGUAUGCAUCCAAUGCAUUACAGCCAACAUGCCUCAGCAAACUCUACUGUGAAAGUGAAUUUAUGCAUGACGUACAAUUAGCACGAAUUUAUCCGGAUUCGAAAACGUUUGUGGACAAGAAACUGAUAUGUACAGAGUCCGAAAUUUUAUCCGAAUAUAAGAAACUGAAAGACUCUCACAAUGGUAACGUGCCUCCAAUAACCGAGUUGGUCAAGUUCAUAGACGAGCACUUAGAAGACGGAGACGAGUUGGAGGUAUGGAAUCCACCCGACUUUAGCGAAAACCCAUCGAUCGCCAAUAGGAUCAGAGAUCAGAACUACAAACAGUGGGCGUUGGGAUUGAACCAGGUGUGGAAAACCCUAGCGAGGAAAGUCAAGGACGACGUGAGAGUACAUCCUGACCAGUACUCCCUGAUAUGGGUUCCAAACGGGUUUUUCAUACCAGGAGGCAGAUUUAGAGAGCUAUAUUAUUGGGACACGUACUGGAUAGUCAACGGACUUAUGCUGUGCGACAUGAAGGACACGGCUCGUGGUGUCAUCGACAAUAUCAUAUCGCUGGUGAAUCAAUUCGGUUUCAUGCCGAAUGGAGGACGAUCAUACUACCUUAACAGAUCACAACCACCAUUGCUCAUACUGAUGGCAUUGAGUUACUAUAAAGAAACCAACGACUUUGACUAUAUUAAAAAAAUCAUUCCAGACUUGGAGAGUGAAUUCCAUUUUUGGACGGAAAAUCGGAUGGUGACUUUCGAGAAAGACGGUAAAUCGUAUAAAAUGGCCAGAUACAACGCACCGUCGAGGGGACCAAGACCAGAGUCAUAUAGAGAAGACUACGAAGUUGCUGAAAAGUUUGAGACUGAAAAUGAGAAAGAUGAUAUGUAUACUAGGCUUAAGUCUGGUGCUGAGUCUGGAUGGGACUAUUCGAGUAGAUGGUUUAUAACUACUGACAAAGAUCCCGAUUCCGAUCCUGAUCAACUAUCGAAUGUACAUGUGCCAAGUAUUGUACCAGUCGAAUUAAAUAGUAUACUAAACCAAAAUGCACGCAUUUUGAGUACAUGGUUUGGCCAGUUAGGAAAUAAAUACAAAGCCACCAAAUAUUGUAUUGUCGCUCAAGAAUUUCUUAAUGGUAUACAAGAAGUCAUGUGGAGAUCAGACAGAGGUGCUUGGUUCGACUGGGAUUUAAUGAACCAUAAACAUCGAGAAUGUUUUGUUGUGUCCAAUAUCUCACCUUUGUGGACAGAAAGUUAUGACAUGCCAAAAAAGUCGGUGGCCAAUGAUGUAUUAAGAUAUUUAAGAGAUGAAGGGAUUAUCGAACCAGAUUUCAGCAUAAGCUUUCAUGGUACGCCUACGUCCAUGUACGUAUCGUCACAACAGUGGGAUUAUCCAAAUGCUUGGCCUCCUCUGCAGGCGUAUAUUAUUCAAGGUCUGGACAGGACAGGACAUAGUUGCGCACAACAGGUGGCCGCGAGAAUGGCUGAGGUCUGGUUGAGUACGAAUUAUAAAGGAUUUGCAGAAAAAUCGUUUAUGUAUGAAAAAUACCACGUCGAACUUCCGGGUGAAACUGGUGGUGGCGGUGAAUAUAUUCCACAAACUGGUUUCGGUUGGUCAAACGGUGUCGUGUUAGAGUUUUUAAACCAAUGGUGUUCUGUCAAAACUGACACAGUCGAGUCCCGGAAAGAUGAUCAAGAAAGCAAAUCCCUUUUGAAGACCAGUUUUAAACGUUUCUGCAAAUUUUUGGAUAAUAAAAAUUGAUAUUACCAAAUAAUAAUAAUAAUGAUAAUAAAAAACAAUCAAAAACAAAAGAUCCAAAUUUUUAAACAAUAU